CUGACGUUAAGAGGUAGGAGUUUUCCUCUGUUUUCCCUCCAUCGGCCUGUAGGCGGUGCGGUUUCCUUCGGCAUUUUCUUUGUUUUUCCAUCUCUCUGCCCGCUGCCCGUGAUCUCUAUCACACGGCGGCUGGCAAUUUAAAAAAAAAAAAAAAAAAAAAAAAAAAAGAUUUGUAUGAUGGCGGAGGACAGUGAAUCCGCGGCCAGUCAGCAGAGCCUGGAGCUAGACGACCAGGAUACCUGCGGGAUAGACGGAGACAACGAAGAGGAGAAUGAGCAUAUGCAAGGGAGUCCAGGGGGAGAUUUGGGGGCCAAGAGGAAGAAGAAGAAGCAGAAGAGGAAGAAAGAGAAGCCAAGCUCGGGGGGAGCCAAGUCUGACUCUGCCUCUGACUCUCAGGAGAUCAAGAACCCUGGCUUGCCCAUUCAGAAGCUGCAGGACAUCCAAAGAGCCAUGGAGCUGCUGUCCUGCCAGGGUCCAGCAAAGAGCAUCGACGAGGCGGCCAAGCACAAGUACCAGUUCUGGGACACUCAGCCCGUGCCGAAGCUAAAUGAGGUGGUGACGAGUCACGGGCCCAUAGAAGCAGACAAAGAAAAUGUUAGACAGGAGCCAUAUUCCUUACCUCAAGGCUUUAUGUGGGACACUCUGGAUCUCAGCAAUGCAGAUGUUCUGAAGGAGUUGUACACAUUGUUAAAUGAGAACUACGUGGAGGACGAUGACAACAUGUUCAGAUUUGAUUAUUCACCAAAUUUUCUCAAAUGGGCUCUGCGUCCGCCCGGCUGGUUACCACAGUGGCAUUGUGGAGUGAGAGUGUCCUCAAAUAAGAAGCUCGUCGGCUUCAUCAGUGCCAUCCCUGCAGAUAUCCGCAUCUACGAGACAUUGAAGAGGAUGGUUGAAAUCAACUUCCUGUGCGUCCAUAAGAAGCUGCGUUCAAAGCGCGUUGCUCCAGUGCUAAUCAGAGAGAUCACACGGAGGGUGAAUUUAGAAGGAAUAUUUCAGGCGGUAUACACAGCAGGAGUGGUACUGCCUAAACCGGUGUCCACAUGCAGGUAUUGGCAUCGUUCUCUGAACCCCAGGAAGCUUGUGGAAGUUAAAUUCUCCCACCUGAGCAGAAACAUGACGCUGCAAAGAACCAUGAAACUCUACAGACUACCAGAUAGCACCAAGACUCCGGGUCUGCGGCUGAUGGAGAGGCGUGACAUCCGCCAGGUCACCGAGCUGCUACAGAAAUACCUGAGACGUUUCCAGCUUGCACCUUCUAUGGGAGAAGAGGAGGUGUCUCACUGGUUCUUGCCACAGGACAACAUAAUUGACACAUAUGUAGUAGAGGGUGCUGGUGGUGUGCUGACAGAUUUCGCUAGUUUCUACACUCUGCCCUCGACCGUGAUGCACCAUCCUCUCCAUAGGAGCCUGAAGGCCGCUUACUCUUUUUACAACGUUCAUACACAAACCCCGCUACUGGACUUAAUGAAUGAUGCACUGAUCCUGGCCAAACUGAAAGGUUUUGAUGUCUUCAACGCCUUGGAUCUAAUGGAGAAUAAGGUGUUCCUGGAUAAGCUCAAGUUUGGCAUAGGUGAUGGAAAUCUGCAGUAUUACCUCUACAACUGGAAAUGUCCCCCGAUGGACCCCGACAAGGUUGGCCUCGUGCUUCAGUAGCAGGUCUCUCCACGGCUGCUACACAAACACUGAUCAAGAGGUCGACAGCGAUCUCUGACUAUUCCUUACCUGGACAUACAGGUAGCCCAAGCUAGACAAUGAGAACUACAACAGUAAAAAACCACCAUGGAGACUGGGAGGCGGUUCGCCCGUCAUCACGAACAUUCUCAGUUCACCUGGAGGUGAAAACUCUUAAAUCAUCAACAUCCUGAAUGUGAAGUCAUGCUAUGCCUGAGAUACUCAUACAGUACAAUGCUCCUGACAUGCACACUCACAUUUUAAACAGUUUGACAUACAAGAGGAUGCCUUGACAUUGUGAAUUUUGUUUAGUUCUUCUUCCUCAGCAGACACCACGUUACAAGGGACCGGCAUGUCAUUUAAUUUCGCUGACACUGAACUAUGUAAAUGAUAAUCAACAAGUAAUCGUGACCACAGAGCAGAACUGUUAAUUACUGAGUCCCUACUGUAACUGCACAAGUGCAGUAUAAGAGGGUAUUAAAGGCAGUCGAAGAGUUUGUUUUUCCCGUCCCGUCUCAUAUCAUCGCGGUCAGAAGUUUCUCUGCUGGCUGCUACGGGCCUCAGUAGAAUUAGAAAAGUUACUAUCAUGUUUCUGUGAUAGCUGACGUAUAACAGAAGAAAUUUGUUCCCUCAAAGGUUCUGGAGAAAAAUAUCAACUUUUAAACACACGCAGAAACACAAACACAAACACAAACACAUACACACAAAGGAUAUCAUCGUGGAAGGACUCAUCCAACUGGUGCAUUGACAUACAUGUUUUUUUUUGUUUGUUUAAAAUAUAUAGUUACGUGUACAUUUAAAGCCAGAUCAUAUUUAUUCCUGUAGUGUGAGUUUGGGGGUUUUCGGGAGGGCUGAUCCAAAGUAUUUUUCCUCAUGCGUAGUGUAGAUGUCACUGAGUUUGUUCAGACAACAUGGGUUUAAGUGGUUUUUGAUGAAGAAUGUAUUUGCAUCAAUGAAGCACAAUUUUUGAGUUCCUAACAAGCAAACAAGGUUUUGUUGUUUUUUUGUUUUGUUUUUCUUUUUAAAAGGGUCAGAUUUCAAAACAGAUGGGUUACCGUACACACUGUACAAUCUUGGUUUUUACAAAGGAUGUGAACUGUUUUCACGUUAUAAACCCGUUUCUAGAGUUAGUAUUUUUACUAGAAUAUUCGAACCACAUUGUUUGGUUAUAUUCAGUGAGAAUGCUCAUGCAGAUCUUUGUAGUAACGAACACAGCUUAGGGUUAUCUGCAUGCGAAUGGUUAAAUUAGAGGCAAGAGGAGCUGGAGCUGAAAAAAGUAGUGAUGCACAAGCAAGGCGGUUAGAAUUACAGCACCGGAAACACAAAAAAAGUACAAAUUAAACUAUAGUUGUGGUGGAUUUAAUUUAGAUUUUGUACAAAACAGUUUUCAAAAUAGACCAGAUUUCUAUCUAGCCUGUUUUAUAGUGCAAAAAUGGCUUAUUUACUUUGAAAGAUGCGUUUGGUUAAAUCAUAUUUAAAAGCAGCCAAGGUCAGAUUUCUUUUGUUAAUUUAGUCAUUGCCACACAGAGAAACUACAACUUAUUCUUUCAGUAUCCUGUUGCGAAGCAGUGAUUAAGAUGCCCCUACAACUCAGCUGAUUGGCCAGACGUAAACAUUUCUCUCUAUAAUUAAUAAUACAUACAUAACCAUCAGCCUGCAGCAAGGAUGUUAAAUGUGUAAUUAAGCUUUCAGAUCAAUAAAAUAAACAUAACUGAACAUUCAGAGCGUCUGGGGAAUAAUUUAGCAUGAACUAAGAGUACAGUGGCUGAGUAAACAAACGUAUCAGUAACUGCAUCAGUUUGAAAUUUGAGCUUUUCCAGGUCCAUUUUUAUCGACUCCUCUGUUUUGUUUUUUUAAUGGUACUGUAUUUGUGUGUCUGAAAAAUAUACUGUGGGUCAUUUUUUAUUUUUUAUUUUAGUGUGUCGUGCAGCUAAAUGUGUGAAAUUCUUUGAACGGUUCUGAUAUUUAUAAUUGUACUUUGCAAAAAUGUCUUAAGACAUAAUUCCUCUUCUGUUUCUUUCCAGUAUUUCCCUGAAAAUUUCCAGUUUAAAAAAAAACUUCAAACAGAUUUUUGUUUGAAGAUGAAGAUAUGAUUUAAUGAUCAAAGGUUAAAAAAAUGUUUUUUAAUUGUCUUUUUGCUCUGGGUUUGUUACUUUAUGUGUGAUGUUCCUGUUCGUGUGGCUCUGCAUAACUUAAGAGGUAGAGGCUGCUGCCAUUUUUGUUUUUCUGUCUGUGACGUAAUUUGCUUCUCGUCCCUUUAUAUAUUCGCAAGAACAGGACAACCAACAGACAGUCAGUGUUUUUUCUUUUAACCAUUGAAAGGUUGAAUGAGUUACAUUCACAGAGACGUUACCGUCAUUAAUUUAGCACUGAAUCUGGGUUACUGAGUCAACAGUGUGCCUCAUGGAUGUUGGUCGUGUUUGCCUGCAGCUUUUUGAAUGAACUUUGAGCAUGUCAGUUCUGCUGCCGUGAUGAUUUUAGCGUUGUUACCAUACCCUUUAGUGAGAACUCAACCCGAAGUACCUGCCUUAUUUAAAAAGUUUUUUUUGUUUUUUUGUUUUUUAAUUGAACAUUUUGAAGGGUGGGGGUGUACUUUUGAAAACGACAUGCAGCUUUCUCUAACUGACUGAAGAACAAUAUUUUUAUUCAAAUCCAUCGUAAGCUGUGAAAAAGCUGAAGAACUUGUACCAGCAUCAUUUAGACAUGACCCCAUGCAAAUAACAAUCUGUUUCAACACACACACACACGUCAGCUAUACCAGCAUGGAUAUUUGAUUGAAUAAACUCACUUUAAAAAAGGAA